AAAUAGCAACGGAACUGUUUACAUGAGAGACGUGAAAAUAUUGACGUUUUCAACAAACAGUUACCUCUAUUAAUAUUCAUCUUUUUAUCAAUUACGUUUGCAUUUGUAGCAGUUUCAAGAAGUUGGAGGUAACGAUGCUGCUGUUGUGUUCUUCUGUUCUCAUGCUGGUGCUGUCUGUCAGUGGGCAAUGUUUUGAUUCAGGUGAAAAUGCUGUUGAGAUGAAAUUCUACCGUGCCUCAGCAUCAACAUUUGAGUCAGAAAACAGUCCCGAGGCAGUUAUAAAGCACGUGAUAAGUGAGGCCACAAGCUACUGUUCCCAAGUUUCAAACAGCUACUGUGACCUUGACGCAUGUUGCUCAGACCCAUUUAAAGAUGAGCACGUGAUUGAGGUGUCUGGAUACCCACAGGAUGAGGUCAAGGACAUGUUGUACAAGAUUUUCCUACUCAACCGGAACAGCUCCGAACCAUCGUGUGCUGUCAGAAAACAGUAUCUUCAGGACAUUUUGGAGAACGCAAGGGAAGAAAUCCAUGAUGAAACUGGCUACUGGAUCACCUACAUCGAUGAUGAGUUUUUCGGAAUUCCCCCUAGCACUAAGCUCAACCAGAUUAUUAUUCCAAUCGCAUUUGGAGUGGUUCUUAUCCUCAUUAUUGUCACCAUCAUUCUUUACCAACUCGCUAAAAAGCGUGAAGCUGAUGAGAGGCGACAGAGAAUCCUAACACAACGUAAGAAGAAAAGUGAUAAGAAAACCAACGAGCCAUACGUGACCGAGAAGGGGACAGUGAAACCAGGUCAUGAGCUCGAAACUCCGAGCGAUGCCAAACCAAAGUGGAAAGAACCCAAGCCCAAGCCCAAGAGUACUGUGAAGGAAUCUCUGUACAAGGGUGGGCCCCGUAAAGGCAAAUCCGAUAGCAACGUCAGUGACGACUCCGCCAUCAGGAUGGACACGGUUGAAUCGACCCGCCAGCGCCAGGGAUACGCCUUCGAAAGCGAGCCGAAUGGGGCUACCGGAUAUGACCGUCGCCUGAAGCCCAUUGACAGCGACCAUGCUGUAGAUGGUGUCGAGAAGAAGAAGAAGAAAAAGAAGAAGAGGUCCAAGUCCAAGGAUGCUGAGAGGAACGAGGGCACUGAUGAACAAUCGGAAGACAGUGACAUACAAGCCAAUGGGUUAACAAAAACAUCCGUUUGGGGCUACGAUUUACAAUAAAUAUUCUGACACAUACGAGGAAGUUUAAACGUCUUGAAAGCACUGAGAUGACACAUGAUAGAUCACCAAUACAUUUCCCUCAAAAGAAAAAAAUGUCCAUAUCUGGUUAUAAACAAAUUUAAGAGUUACAUGCAUGUUUGAAAAAUGUUUAUAUAUUCAAUGAAAUUCUAAGAUUGCUUAUUGACAGAGUUGCAAUAUUUUUAUGAAACUUUAAAAAAACCUCAGUUUGUUAUUUCUUUGUUUUGUAUAUACUGACAUUUAAAAUAUUAUGAGAGUCAUAUAAUGAUAAUGUUAUAGAUACUUUAUUUAUUUUUAUGGACAAAAGGUCUGUAUUUUUUAAGGUUUUAUACUAAUAAAUAUCUGUGAUCUUUUUUAAUUUUAUAAAGGACCUAAAGAUAUUUUUUAUUAUAUUUUGAUAUAAUAUUUAUGAAACUUAAGUUCCAUGCUUGCUACUAGAAAAAUCUGUAUAUUUUAUGAAAUAUGCAAUAUAAUUCAAUAUCAACCUCAGACUUAAUUUGACGAGCAAGAGCCAUCAUAUUUUUUUUUAAAUAUUUUUGAUCUAUGCUCAUUGGUCAGCUGCCGAAGCAAUAAUUUUGAUUGGUAAUUCUGCAGUCAUUUAAUUGCUCCUGUACAGAUUGUUCUCAUGUAUCAUACAAAUACACGACUGACCAGGGAAAAUAGAAAUAUCUGGUUCAUUAAUCUAAGUUGAAAGCUGUAGAACGAAUAAUUCUGAGAUUAAUAUUGAAUACCAACAUUGCAUCUGUUAUUAAUACUUCUUUUUAGAUCUUAUCUUUUUCUUAAAAUGUUGAUACAAGAAAUUAAAUUUCACUUACUUCUGAUAUGACUGUUCAAUUUGAUAGAUGAAUUAUUUAAAACAGUCAUGUACAUUUAGUUUGAUCUAAUUUUAUAGGCUGCUUCGCAUUUAUUUAUUGAAUGUAAAACAUGAUUGUGGUAUUGUAUGAUUGUUAAUUUGAAUAUACAUGUGUUACUUUUGUUUGUUUGCAAAUAAACAUUGCAAGACGUGAUUGUCAAACAUUUAAUCAAACCAAAACUGACUAUAAUGUUACUUGGCACCAAAGAAACAGUCAAUUUAUGCCGCCUCAACGGCAGCCUCAGGCAUUUUCAGUUUCAACCAUUUCAAGAGUUUCCUUUGUAACUGUGCAGUUAUUACCAGCAUAAUAUAAAGCUCUAAUUUAUGUGGCGUUUGACAAGCCAUAGAUGUUAUACAUGAUUCGACAUUCAUUUGCUUGUUAAAGGCGAUAAAAAAGCCAUGAUCAUUCAAUGCUUCAAAACUUUGAAAUGUUCAUUUGCAAACAAUGAGUAGCUACAUUGUUCAAAUUAGUGUUAAAAAAUAUCUUAGUCUAAGGAAUCAUAGUAUUCACCGAUGGGGCAUUGGUUUGUGUUUUGUUAUUGUUGUGAUGUAAGCUCGUAAAGAAUGAAUGUUAUUUGUUGUUUUUAAAAGAAAUAAAAAAUCUUUCUUAAAAUGAGGGAUCUUUACUUCCUAUUUCUAAAGUCACAUGGGUCAAAUACAACUAUUUCCUUUCUUUUGUCUUCAUCUGUGAUCAAACAUUUGAAAUCUUUACAUGUCUGUGAUAAUUGUUAUUUUUUUAAUUUUACGAAACAUUACUGGAUGUACUUUUUCAGCUCAUUUUAUGUUUUGACUCUUAGUCUGAUAUUAGUUUACCUUUUUACUGUUUUUUUAAGUUUAUGUUCGUGCUUGUAGAAUUACCUUUCAUAUCCAUCCCUUUUACCUUUAUUAACUGUCCUUUGCAAUUUGUGUAAUAUGCCGCAUAAUAAUUGUUCACUUUUGUCGUGAAUUUUGUUGUAAUGAAUUUAAUACUAAAAUACCAAAGGUUGCUUUAACAUUUUUUGAGUUUUUUGGAGCAUUUUUCGUUGUACAAUGUCUUAAUUUGAACCUUAAUAUUUUUGGAUUAAAGUUUUAAGUAUUUCUUUUUAAAUUAUUUUAUUCCAUAAAGCAAUAAACAAAAGUCUAGUAACAUACCUAGUGCUACUUAAGACAAUUGGGUUGUGUUUCUGUUAUCCUCUUUUUCAAUGUCAUUACCCAAGUAACUGGCUCCAAUUUCUGGACUAAUUUCAAGACCAAUUUACACCUGAGGAUCAAGAUAAAUAGCUCAAUAAUUUUGUUUCAAUAUAAAUUGUACUUUUCUCCUUUUCUUAUUUGAAGACUUUACACCUGAGGAUCAAGAUAAAUAGCUCAAUAAUUUUGUUUCAAUAUAAAUUGUACUUUUCUCCUUUUCUUAUUUGAAGACUUUACACCUGAGGAUCAAGAUAAAUAGCUCAAUAAUUUUGUUUCAAUAUAAAUUGUACUUUUCUCCUUUUCUUAUUUGAAGACUUUUAUCUCCGAGAUUUUUUUUUAUCAUGAGCCUGAUAAACUGUAUUUUAUUGUUUGCAAAUUCAACUUUAAAUUUGGCUUAAUCAAAUAUAAGACUUCAGCUUGUUAUGCUUAGCUUUUUUGCGACAUUUAAAUGGCACUGUUGUUACCGUAUAUCUAGAAGAUUGUUAAUUGUCUUUGAUGUCACAAAUCUUGGAACUAAAUAUAUUUUCAAACAUAUAUAAACCCUAAAACUUCCAUAUAAACUUCUUUUGACAUCUCAAUGCUUUAUCGCAUCAACAUAUUUUUCAAGCAUAUUUAGUCAAAUUAUCAUUGCAAAGCUUGAUUCCUAUCAUGUCAAAAUCUGAUGGUUAAGGUUUUUGGUACAAUUUUUUUUUGACAUUAGGUUUGUUAUAUUAAUACUGCAGGCCGGUGAGCCCUAAAAGGUUACAAAAAGCAUCCUAGUUACCACCAUUGAUUAUUACUGGGGUCAUUAUACUUUUGAGUAUAAUCAGAUUAAUAAAUUUACGUUUCCAUGGAGAUUUUGAGGAUGGCAAAAAAUAUCAAGUCUUACUUCAAGCUUUAGUCUUGUAUAAUAAUUGUAAUUUCUUUGCAGCAAAGCAUUGGUGCUGAUUUCUUGGUACAGAACAUGAGUUGCUGUUAUUUAUGCAGAUACUAUAUUAAGUAUUGAUUGUAAAUGAUCUUUUUCAUAUUUUGACAAUUAAAGUUUUCUUAAACUUGAGGUGAGAUUUGGAUUUUAGACCAUAUGAUCAUUAAAGAAUAACAAAAAGCGUAUUUUGUCAAGUUUAUGCCAUAAUCAACAAAUGUAAAU